UUGCUUGUUUCAGGUAGAAUAAGCCAUCAAGAUGACGACGAAAUCAUACAGCAAACACAAGGAGUACAAGGAGAUAUCCAGCAGAGGCACUGUGCCUUACACUGACGAACAAUUCGACAUGAUGAAAUCCGAGCUCCUACCCAAAGGCAGUAAACUGGACUCAUUGGCCCGCUGUACUGGCACCCGGGAGUACCACUACGAGUACAAAGAAGAGAAGCUUCCAGGUGGGAAGUAUGAUCGGAAGGACUACCAUACUGUUGAGGAGUACACGAUUCCUGAUAGAAGUUUGCCAAAGUCUGCAGAAAGUAGCUCCUAUUACUACGAGAAAGAAGAGAGGGAAAUACCUGCUAUUACCACUGGUACCAGGACAUAUAAUUACGAAACAACUGGCACCUCUCCUGUUUAUUCCAAAGUGAAUUCAAAAGUGACAAAGGAAAUGUCUCAGAACGUCGAGGAGUUGGAUUCUCUUCUGGACGAUUUGCAGAAGGAUCAAGAACGUCAAUUGUAUAAAAGUGGUUACACAUCGGAUACCGCUGAGAGUACUUCUUUUGACUACAGGCGUGGUACUCCAGUGAAGGCAGCUCCCUCUAGUGGUUAUUCAACUUUGAAGCACGAGGAGCGUUUAGAGAGCUCGUCUUGGGGCUCCAGCCCUGCACCAGUUCCCACCCUCACCAGAGCCGCUGAAUUGCGCCAGCAGAUGUAUAGAGAAGAGAAAACUGAGUCCCGCGUGGUGCCGGCGGUGGUGCCAGCGCCGGUGGCACAGCCAGUACCCGCCGCAGUCUGUACACACUGCCACCAGCCACCCGGCACCACUGGCACUUUACCACGUGGCAGUACACCAAUGAACAAGGUGACUACCACAGUGAAGACGUACACUUAUGAAGUGCCCGCCGACACUGACCCCAGUGUGCCAAUACCUACACACGCUGACACACACACAUAUGUGUGUAAUGACACACAUCGCACGGCAACACUGAGUCGUCCAGUAGAUGGUUCUCCAGCGCCGGGAGGUUGCCAGUAUUGCUCUCAUUGCAACACUCGUCUGCACUACAGCCGCACACAUCUCACUACAGACGAACAUACAACUAGUAAUGAACGUAUGGUGUACCCGAAUCCCACCAACGAGUCCCACGUGCCCCACGUGCCCCACGCGCUGCCCACAGAGCCGCACAAUGGACACGGCCCAUAUGGUCCAACAACAUAUAAAUACUCUGAGACGAGCUAUUCCUCGCACAACUCCACCCUCAGCCCGCCCCCGCACGCCCCCCACGCCCCUCACAGGCACCCCUCGCCCUCCCCCGCGCCAUCCCCGGCGCCCUUCCCUCGCCCUCACACGCCCUCGCCCUCGGAGCAGCAGCCGCCCAAAAGGCUCGACGAUCUGCUCGCUGACUUCCCUGAAGCUAGAUUCCCAACACAAACUGACGGUGUACGACGUCGUAUAGAGACGUCGACGCGGGAGACGCGCGACACUUCACACACGAACGCAACGCCCACUCCUAACACUGGGGUGAAGCCCACGCCCAACACUGGGAUGAAGCCCACACCCGUGGGUUCCAGCAAGAACGUUGCCGGACCCGCCGUGUACUACCCCCCGGGACAUACGCCCUUCGCCCCCAAGAAAGAAGUCGCGGGAUAUGAAGCUAGUGCAAUGCAAGGUGGCGGUGCGUACGCGUCAGGUCGCGGUAUGUACGAGUACGAGUCUGGUGCUCGCAGCAAGGAGAAGCACUACGAGAAGAAGACCGCAGUGCCCGUCUGCCUGCCGCUCUGCUGUGCCAUGCCUUGCGUCAUAUUGUAAACUGACAACCACUACAUAAAUAUACAGUACAACAGAUAAACACAAAUUUUGGGGGUUCGGAUUCAAUAUAAAAGGUUAAUCAACAAAAAGUUAAGACCCCCAAAGUAUUUUGGGGGUCCUUUUCUUAAGUAAAUUUUAUUAUAGCUAACUAAAUAUUCGGUUUUUUCUGACAAUUUAAAUGUUUGGGGGGUCUUUGAAAAUGUGUUUAUAAAUAUAUAAUUUUAUUUUAGUUAUGACUUGUUUUUUAAACUAUGCGCUUUUAAAUGCAAAUAACACCAAUGAAAUACUGCGGCUCCGAACAUCGUACGAGUUCAUGUACAGGAUACAAUUAGAGGGAUAUCAAAAUAAGCCCUCAAUAUAUUUAAAAAAUACUAUUUACUAAAAUCUAUACAAAUGUACGAAAUAAUUGUAAUUUAAAGACAAUUUGGGUUCACUUAUUUUAUCUUUUUUUUUGACAUUAGGCUCUAUUUUCUGUA